AUGGCCUCGAUGCCGUCUGGAGGUAUGCACACUUCCCUCACCCUUCACGUCUCCGUCCUAAUGUUGCUCCUAGACCAGAAAUCCAAGAAAAAGAAAAAGCCCAAGAAGAAGGGCACCAACGCACCAGACUCGACUCCCACCCCACCGGCAGAACCUCAGACCCCUACAGAAGCUUCGGGGUCCAAAGAUGGCGCAGAAAGCGACGGUACAGAUGUCGAAGAGCGCACGGUUCCGACCACACAGACAGAUGUCCCCGAGGAGACGGCACAAGAAGUGACGAACGGCAUUGCCAAACCCAUUCCCACCGAGGAGAAUAACAACAUCACCAAUCCGGAUACAGACGCCGCGGCACGAUUCGACGCCCUGGUCAAAGACCGCGAUGCCUUGCGUCUUGAAGUCACGGAACUUCGCAAAUCCCUCGAGGAACUCCAGUCCAAGCACGCCACCGAACUCGAGACGGUACAGAACGACCUGGCCGAAGCCCAGCAAGAGAAGGAGACGGCCGAAGAACAAUACCAGACGCUCCUGGGCAGAGUGAAUACCAUCCGCAGCCAACUCGGCGAGCGGUUGAAGGCAGACGCAGAAGAGCUCUCCCAAGCACGCACGCGCAUAGACGAACUCGAGUCUCAAAACACGACCCUCCAAGAACGCUACGACUCUCGGACCGCCGAAGUCGACGAACUUUCCUCGCGGAAUGCCACCCUUGAAGCCACCAACGCCGAACAAUCCAAGGAACUCUCGACUCUACGUAACCGACUCACCCUCUCUCAACAAAAUUGGCACAAGGAGAAAGAGGAGCUGGUGGAAUCCGAGGCGUACAUGCGCGAAGAGUUCGAAAAUGCCAAACAAGCCAUGCACGACUGGGAAGUGUUGGCCAUGGAAGAACGCACGCUCCGGCGCGACCUGGCGGACCGGGCGGCGGACCUUGAAGAGCAGCUCGCUUCGCUGCGCGAAGCGCACGACAAGGUCACGGCGGAGCGAGACACGCAGUCCUCGACCGUCGACGGCCUCCAGAGGGCGCUGCAGGAGAUCCAGAAUGUGCGGAAACAGGAACUCAAGGAACUCGUCGAGACAAACCAGGCCGAGCAGGAUUCGCUACGCACACAGGUGUCGACUCUCCAGGCGCAGCACGAGUCGAUGAGUGCGGAAUUGGAAACCACCAAACGAGACCUUGAGCGUGCCCUCCCGUUCGAGAAGGAGGUCAAGGAGAAGAAUCUCCUGAUUGGCAAGUUGCGACACGAGGCCGUGAUCCUCAACGACCACUUGACCAAGGCUUUGCGGUUCCUGAAAAAGGGCAAGCCGGAGGACAAUGUUGAUAGACAGAUCGUCACCAACCAUUUCUUACACUUUCUCCACCUCGACCGGUCCGAUCCGAAAAAGUUCCAGGUCCUACAACUCAUCGCGGCGCUGCUGGGGUGGACCGACGAGCAACGCGAACAAGCCGGGCUCGCGAGGCCGGGCGGUGGCGGCGCGGCCAACACCAGCUCUUCGCUGCGACUGCCCGGGUCGCCGAUCGUGCAUCGGACGCCGAGCACGCCGUCGCUACAGCACCAUGACUAUUUUGCGCCCGACAAUGUCGCGAGUCCAGGUACCAAGGAGUCACUGUCGGAAUUGUGGCAGGAUUUCCUGGAGCGGGAAGCAAGUGUCAAUAACCACGGCUCUGCGGGUAUCAACAGUAGCAGACAAGGGUCGUCGAGGCAAGCUAGUCAGAGUCAGAGCGUCGUCACCCCGCGAUCACCGUCUCUCGGAGAGAAAUGA